AACAGAUACCUUUACCUGUGGGAUAUAAUGAAAUUCCCUAAAUAUUAUUAUUUUUGUUCUCCAGGAAAUAUAUAGUCUAUUUUGUCUAAACCCUGAAAUCUUCACAGGUGUCUUCAUCCAGUAAAAGUAAUGGUGUUAAAGGUUAAAAUGGACUUGGCAUUCCUUCGUUUUUUUCAGCCCCUGCAGCAGGGGUACAGAAGGGUACAGAGAGUGUGGGGCUGGAGGCGGGAUGUCCUACUUUAGGAGGGAACAUGAAUUUUCAAAGACUAGUGGCCCCUUCCUCAGAUUCACCACAUGCUUUCAUUCUUUCUGCUUGUUCACCCAGUUUGUUUUAUCCCAUGCGAAUGAGCACACAAACUCACAGAUUGCAGGGAAACCUCAGGAUAAUUGUACUAUGAAUAACUUUUUUCUUAAGACACAAGCAAAUAUGUGAAAUACGAGAUUUUCUACUGCUCUUUUUUUUCUUUUCUUUUUUGCUUUUUUUGUUUAGUCCUGCUUCACAGAUGCAUUUCCCAGAUGAAGACACAAGUUUGUCAUAAAAUUACUUGAUAAAUAUUGCUGGCCAAAGGAAGUGUAAGAAAAUCUAAUUCCCCUAACUUUGUCUUUUUGUCCUCUUCUUUCCCUCCCUCUCUUCUCAUUCCCUCCCUCCCUCUCUCAGAGUAACCAUGUGCUUUUCGUGUCAGUAGACACAUUUAACCCUCUCCUCAGAAUAACCGAUGCAUAGACAGCUGUCUCUUUUUCUCUUUCCUUUUCUCUUUCUUUUUCUUCUCCUCUCACUUCUCCUUUCGUAGUGUUCUUUAUGUGUCUAGAAACUCUCCUAUAGAGGAAUUCAUGUAACUGCAACAGGACAGAGACACCUUUAGUACAUACAUGCUGGAGGAAGCCACAACAUAAUCACCUCUAAGGGGAACAGCUUCAAAAGUCUGAGGAUUGCUGGGAGAGAAGAAGAAGGACACUCAGGCUGAAAAAGCGGGACCAUGCUGGGCUGUCAGAUCCGGACUGGGUUUGUCCCGGUUCUGCUGGUCAGUUUUUUUCUGCUGAUGGCAUCUGUUUCAGGAAAUGCACACAUGAUCAGGAAGAGGGGACUCAACCAGAAGGACUAUGAGUACCCCAACCAUCCUCAGGCCGCUCAGCACCAGAAGAACGACCGCUGUCCUCCUCCACCGCAGAUGCUGCCUGAGCGAGCCUGUGAGGUCCCGGGCUGUCGGUCCGAUUCUGAGUGUGAGAGACACAAACGGUGCUGUUACAACGGCUGCAUCUACGCCUGCCUGGAGUCAGUUCAACCUCCACCCGUGCUGGACUGGUUGGUGCAGCCCAAGCCACGUUGGUUAGGAGGGAACGGCUGGCUUUUAGAUGGACCAGAAGAAGUUCUGCAGGCUGAGGCCUGUAGCACCACAGAGGAUGGAGAUGAGCCUUUGCUCUGCCCAACUGGUUACGAGUGCCACAUUAUCAACCCUGGAAACCCCUCAGCUGGGAUCCCAAACCGAGGCCAGUGCAUCAAACAGCGUGGAAACUCAGAUGGACGUAGCCUGAGACACAAGUCCUUCAAAGAUUACAAGGAUUAUUUAGGAAGUAACUCCAACAAUGCAGUGAGUUAUGAGAAACCUCAGCACAAGCAUGUGGGCUGAGACAGGUUCCUGUUCAGGAAUCAGGACUGAAGUAACCACUAACCGCUGACUUCUGAACCCCAACCAUCAAAUCCAACAGAACUGCACAAGCCUUUCUCUUCAGUUUAAACCAGAGAUCGGUUCAAAUCUGGUGCUCUUUUUCUUAGGUGCUUAAUGUGGAGUGACAGAAAUACAAAGCUAAAAUGUCCUACCUCGUAUAAAAGCCAAAAACAGACCACAGAAAGUAUCAAAGAACUUAUACAAUAAUAUGUCUUCUACAUCUACAAGCUGAAUUAACUAUAUGUGAGUUGUGUCAAAGGAGGAUAUUCUGUGUGGUUUUUAUGCUGCUGAGUCUGAACUUUUUUUCCAUUGUAAACACCAAAAACAGCUAGUUAAUGUAUGCUAACUGCUUGGUUAUUGUGAGGAUUUAAAUUUUGGUACAGAGAUGCUCCAUCAGGACUUAAAUUCCAUACCACACAAUUAUAUUUCGCCUUUAAAGUUUUUUUUUUUUUUUUUUUUUUAUAAUGUAGGUGCUUGCGUCAGCUAUAGUUUAACAUAACCAGGCAACAGUUAGAUCCCGUCUACCACUCCAAAUUAUUUGUUUUUCAUAUGGUGCUCCAAUCAUUUACUAUGGUUGUUGUUGUGCAGGUCUAUGUUUUACUCUACUGCUCUCUGAUAAGCUAUACAAAUCUGACGAGUGGGACAAACCACAAUACACAAUGCUUUCAGUAAAUCAAAACAUUUGAAACUGGUGCUGCAUAUACUGCCUUGUAAUUCCAAAUAAAACAUUUGAUAAAAUA